AGCUUCGAGCUCACUUUGAGCCAGCAUCAGAAACUGAAGGUGGGGACAAGGAUGGUGAUGAAGUGGAGGACAGUUUCCAGCCCACUGAAGAAAAUGGAGCCGAGGAUCCUGCCAUCACAUCAGGAGUCAGCACCCUUAGUUCUGCGGUCUCACAGGAAGCUCAGCAACAGCUUAGCCUGGAGUUGGGCAGACUUAAACAAGAGACCUUAAGGCUUUUGGAAAACCUCAUUCAGAAGGAGAAAGAGUAUCAGACCCUCUUACGGCAAUCUUUGGAGCAAAAAACUCAGGAAUUACGCUUGCUUCGAUUAAAACUUAAACCCGAAGACUCUCAAUGGUCUCCAGAAAUUUUGAGAGAGAAUGCAGACCCCGAGCUCAUGAACUGGCUGAAACAACAAGGAGCAGACUUCAGUGCCAUUAAGAGGUUUGCUGAAGAAGAUUAUACACUAAAUGCUGUCCUUAAUGAUAUCACUAAAGACGAUUUGCGGCAUCUUCAACUGCGGGGUGGUCUCCUCUGCAGAAUCUGGAAUGCAAUAUUAAACCACCGACAAACAUCUGGUAAGACCUCAGUGCAGGUGGUUAAUGCUUCGGAAGGAGAACGUGAAAUGGGAAUAAGCAAAUGA